CAAAAAAAAUGCUACCCUCCCCUGUUAUUUGUAGGGGUCCUGAGUGGUGCAGCGCCUUAAGGCAUAGCGUCUCAGUGGUAGAGGCGUCAUUACAGACACCCUGGUUCAAAUCCAGGCUGUAUUACAACCGGCCGUGAUUGGGAGUCACAUGGGGGUGGCCCGGUGUAGGCCGUCAUUGUCGAUAAGAAUUUGUUCUUAACUGACUUAUUUUUAGUUUUAAAAAGGUUACAUUUACAGUGGGGCAAAAAAGUAUUUAGUCAGCGACCAAUUGUGCAAGUUCUCCCACUUAAAAAGAUGAGAGAGGCCUGUCAUUUUCAUCAUAGGUACACUUCAACUAUGACAGACAAAAUGAGAAAAAAAAUCCAGAAAAUCACAUUGCCGGUUCACAUACCACCAUUGAGGUUGCCCUUGGUAAAGCUAUUCUUCAAUACCUGAACCGUAUCAGUCACUCUAGGAUUGCGCAGGGAUUCUAUAUUCAUGUGGGGUCAUGCAAGAGAGGAAAACACAAAUGUUUUGUGAAGAGGUUGGUGUUAUAAUCCACACAUGUCGUUCACCGCCUUCACCACUCAGAUUCCAAGUCCUGUGCUCUCGCUUGAUUGUGUUUUGAGGUGUCGGUUCACAUCCCACCAUUGAGGUUGCCCUUGGUAAAGCUAUUCUUCAAUACCUGAACCGUAUCAGUCACUCUAGGAUUGCGCAGGGAUUCUAUAUUCAUGUGGGGUCAUGCAAGAGAGGAAAACACAAAUGUUUUGUGAAGAGGUUGGUGUUAUAAUCCACACAUGUCGUUCACCGCCUUCACCACUCAUUUUCCAGGGUUUUUGAAAGUCAAAAUCUUCCAAUGCCAUAAAAUGGUACAGAAUUUUACAGGUUACAUGAUGAGGAUGGGAUUUGAACCCAUGCACGCAGCGCACAAUGGAUUAGCAGUCCAUCACCUUUACCACUCAGCCACCUCACCUUGUAAUAUCCAUGUGGCAAAUGACCCUAAAGAACUGUAGUUGCUGUAUGUAAACUCUUGAUUGAAAUCAAUGAAAGUUAGGCAGAGCAAUGGCAGGGCCAUGUGUCGAUCCCAUCGAGACAUUUGACAAAUGUGUUGUCAGGCCGAGUGGUCUCAAGUGCUUGAUUAACUGUGUUGAGGUGUCAGUUGAAGUCCCACCAUUGAGGUUGCCCUCGGUAUAGCUAUUCUUCAAUACCUGAAUCUUAUUAGUCGCUCCAGGAUUGCCGCAGCGAUUCUAUAUUCAUGUGGGGCCAUGUAAGAGAGGAAAUAACAACCGUUUUGAGAAGAGGUUGGUUUUUGUCGUGGAAAUGUCCUCUAUUUACCAAAUCAUGAGAGCAAACCACACAAGUCAGAGUUAGUUAUCAAAGUCCAUCUUUAAUUAUAUGAGCUCUAUCACAACCCUGUGACUCUCAGAUCAAUUCAGUGUCUAUCCAUGAAUUCUCUGAGAGCCCCCUCUACAUUGCAACUGAGAUCCUUUAAUAGCAAAUAACACACAUAGUCAGACAGCAUAGACAAAAUAAAUCGUUCAGCUUUGUCUCCUUACUCAAACCCAGAACCAUAAACCAAUCCUCCAUAUCAACAGGCAUAUAUCAAAUUGUCAUUUAGAUACAACCAAUUCUAAAUACAACCAAUCCUGGACAAACUCACAGAGAGUAUAGAAUGAUUCCAGACACUGCCAUCCUCCUCUCCCCGAUGGGAAAAGUAGGGAGUGACUGGCACACAGACACAGUGGAGCAAAAGAUAUGUUUACACAUGAUGACACCUUGACCUCUCCCCUCUCUGCGGCCCAUGCAACUUAGUCUUGACAUAGAACAGAUAACUGCCAAUGGCCACCACUAUAGUACAACAAAAUACAUUCUUAUGAGAAAUAACUCAUAAGCAUAUCAUGAAAAUAAAACAUCCUAUCUAUGUUACCCACCAAUUCUGAUUAUUCCCCAACAUUCCCCUCUCAAGGGACUCAGUCCCUUCUGAAGAAUCAGAACAGUAACAUGGCACCUUACUAACAGUAGUUGCAGAAUAUAUAAUACAAUUAAAAAAUCCAUAAUCAAAAUGUAAAGAUAAUAAAUAAUCAAAUCCCUUCAAUGUAAUUAUUCACCCUUCAGAAACUGAGUUUACAAUGUUUAUACCAUAAUACAGACUUGCACCUGUUUAAACAUAUAGAAUAAUACAUUUGUUGAGUAAAAAUGAAAAUAACAAAACAUAAAUGCUCCCAAAAUUACAAUAGAACCCAGUGUCUAAACACAGGCCUCCUCACAACAUAUAGGACAGACAUCCCUCUAAGUCCUCAUGCUCAGAAAUAUACUUAGGAAUAGAGAAUAGGUCAUUGAAAUCAUUCAUAUUCCAAAUCAUAAGCAACAACCCAACUAUUUAUCAAACCAACAUUUAGAAUAGCAUUAGGAUAGCAUAGGAUAGUUUCACUUUAGAAAUAAAGAAAUGUAUCCAGUUGUCGAUUAAUCUCAGUUAAUUUAGAACUAAAGUCUUGCGUAAUUGGUCAGCUGCUUGAUUAUGUUUUGGGGCCAUACAUGUUAAGAGAAGGGAUUAAGAGAUGCUUUAACGGUGAUGUGGUAAAGUUGGACCCAGGCGCAGAGAAGAGACCAGAAGAUGAAGCAGUGGUUCCAACCAGUGUCUCCACCCCUCAAGGGCCCACUUAACUGCCAAGAGCUCCCGGUUAGCUACAUCGUAGUUGACUUCCGGUGGUCGAGAACCGCUUGGAGAGAAAGGCGCAUAGGUGAAGUUUCUUGUCCUCCUCGUUCCGCUGUGAAAGGACCGCCCCAGCUCCGGUAUCUGAGAUGUCCACCUCUACCACAAAGGGGCGAGUAGGAUCAGGAUAAACGAGGAUGGGUCCGGAGGUGAAAGGUCCCUUGAUCUCUAUGAAUGCCCUGUCAGCCUCGGGAUUCCUGCAAAAACCUGCUUGAGUGAGGUGGGACAGGGCCGUAUAUGUUCCGGAGGUGUUUUUGGAGAAGAUCAGGGGCCUGUUGCACAAAAGUAGAAUUAAGACAUCCGGGAUAAAUGACUCAGCUGAGCUCAAUGAAGCCAAAACAUGUGCGUCCAGGCUUAAUUGGUUGCACAAAGACCAAGCCAGGAUGAGCAGACACGGAUUCAUUAAGCCAGGUGAAACCAAUCCUGGAUAGGUGCGCGCUCACGGCUCACUCAAAUAGACCCCGCCACAGAUUAACUGAUUUACCAUGGCAACUAGAGCCGCGUACUUUUCCCCGUCGGAAGCACAAAUCCUCAUGGAGGCAUACGAGGAGGUAAAAGAUAUAAUUAAGAAGAAAGGCAACACCGCCACAGUGAUAAAGCAAAGAGAAAAAGCGUGGCAAAGUAUUGCAGACCGCCUGAAUGCAUUAAACAUGAACGGGCCAAAACGGACAUGGCAGCAGGUCAAAAUCAAAUACAAGAACAUUCUGCAGAAUGCAGUGAAAAAGAAUACCCACAGACAAGGCACGGGUGGUGGGUCACCAAAGGCUGACCUUACCCCAGCAGAGGACAUGGCCUUGGAGCUAAAUAAAGGCAGGCCCGUCUUAGAGGGGAUCCCUGGGGGGAAAGAGACGAGCAUAGGUUCCUCCCAAGAUGCCACCCGCUUCAUUCAAGUGCCUGGCAGCACUGUGUUCCUGUUAGAGCCACCAGCACAAGCACCAGACGAUGCUGAUCCAGGUGAAGGCCCCAGUGCAGCAGCAACAGCACAUGAUGGAGACGAUGAUGAGGAGGAGACCAUCUCUCUGGAUUCCAGAAGGCAUGAGGACCCAGAUGCUAUACAGUGGGAAAACCAGCCUGGCAACAUAAGCUCACAAGCUAUCAGAAAGUUGUAUGGCAACCACCUCCGGCGCCAAAUAGAACUGGCAGACAUAGACAUUCAGUACAAGAAGAAAAAGAUGGAAAAUCUUGCACUGGAGUCCGAAAUAAAAAAGAGGACAAUUAGGAAACUGGACCUUGAAAUAAAAAAACUUGAGAGGGAGCUCCAAGAAGAUGACACAGCUCAAAAUAAAAAUUAGCAAUCAGUACAACCAAGUCAUCGUUAUAAGGCAUCGCCCUCUUUUGCCCACCCCCCCAGCACCAGGUGUGGCCACUAGCCUAUAUGAAGGCCCAAAAUUGUGUGUUCCUUUCUGCUCUGACAAUGGCAUGCCCAUUCGUGCGAGAUGUGGUGGAUGAAGAAGCACUUGUGCUGAGGAGAGCCUUCAGGCGAGAAAGGGUCUUCAGGGACCGGUUGGACCCACUGGCCUUCCCUGAUGACCAUCUAUAUGAAAGAUACAGGUUUUCUGCAGAUGGCAUCAGGUAUCUAUGCAGACUACUGGGUUCCAGGAUUAAGCACCGCACUGCACGGAGCCAUGCACUGAGUGUGGAGCAAAUGGUUUGUGUGGCCUUGCGCUUUUUUGCUAGUGGAGCCUUCCUGUACUCAGUGGGGGAUGCAGAACAGCUGAACAAGGCCACAAUUUGCCGCACAAUAAGGAGUGUGUGUCUGGCUAUCAAAGCAUUAGCAGAUGUCUUCAUCUCCUUCCCUGGCCACAGAAGACUCUGUGACAUCAAAGAGGAGUUCUAUAGGAUUGCAGAUGGUCUGCAAUGCUGACUGUAUGAUCAGCAAUGUUGUGGCAAAAUGGCCUGGCUCAGUCCAUGACUCCAGAAUCUUUCGGGCCUCUGAAAUCUAUCAGUGCCUAUCACAAGGUGAAUUCUCUGGUGUGUUGCUGGGAGACAGGGGUUAUGGCUGCCAGCCUUUUCUCCUGACACCUUUCACAGACCCCCAGGAAGCACAGCAGGCCUACAACCAUGCCCAUGCCAGGACCAGGGCCAGAGUUGAAAUGACCUUUGGCCUCCUGAAGGCACGCUUUCACUGCCUUCACAAAUUAAGGGUCAGCCCUGUUAGGGCAUGUGAUAUUACUGUGGCUUGUGCUGUCCUCCACAAUGUGGCCUGCCUGAGGAAGGAGAGGGCCCCCAGAGUGCCACCAGCCAUGGACUGGGACAAUCCGGCAAUCUUCCCUGAUGACGACAGUGGUCGGCUGCUGAGGGACCAAUAUGUGUUGAAUUAUUUUAGUUAGUAUGUGUGCUUUCAAUUUUGGUUAAAUAUGUCCUGCGGUGGCAGAGGAAUUUGGGUUUUUUUGGGUUCGUUUUUUGACGAAUUUGGCCUCUUAUGAUGUUUGUGCGGUAUACUGUGUGUAAUACAAGGCUGCAGGGAGGCUACUGCAUCCAUUCAUUUGUCUGUUCAGUUGAUGUGUAUGGAUUUGUCCUGCAUUUAUUUUAGUGUGCAGACAUGCAGAGUGUGUUAUAUACAGACCUUUGAAUGUGUAUGUAUCAUUUUGUAUAAUAUGCUUGGAUUCUGUGCUUUCCAUCUUGUAGAGUCACUGUGACUUCAGUUUCGAAAGGAGCUGAUGGUUUACCUGCUUUGUUUUGUCCUUAUUCAAUAAAGGAACAUAAUGUUACACAUUGUGUUUUUAUAUUCA